UGACGCUGUCCGGAGUGACGUCAUCCCCAGCAGCCGUGAGUGAAAGCGUGCGCGCGGCUCGGAAAGGAAAGAGAAGAGUCACGCGUGAUGUGUUGGCCUAGAGGUGGCUAGCUACUCGUGGGUUAAGAGUAGCCGGACAACUGUUGCUCAUUUGCUUUCGAACAUUUGUUUAUUUUUCGGUAUCCAAGCUGUUGCCGACACCUGCGUAGACGUCGCGACGCCCUGGAACGCAACAACAUGCCAAAUAUCAAAAUAUUCAGCGGUAGCUCCCACCCCGACCUCUCUCAAAAGAUAGCAGAUCGCCUUGGUCUCGAGCUUGGAAAGGUUGUUACCAAGAAAUUUAGCAACCAAGAAACAUGCGUGGAAAUAGGCGAGAGUGUACGAGGAGAGGACGUCUACAUCGUCCAGAGCGGCUGCGGGGAGAUCAAUGAUAAUUUGAUGGAGCUGCUCAUCAUGAUCAACGCCUGCAAGAUAGCAUCCGCUUCCAGAGUCACCGCCGUCAUCCCCUGCUUUCCGUACGCCCGCCAGGACAAGAAGGACAAGGUGGGGAGCCGUGCCCCCAUCUCUGCCAAGUUGGUGGCCAACAUGCUGUCCGUGUCAGGUGCUGACCACAUCAUCACUAUGGACUUGCAUGCCUCACAAAUACAGGGAUUCUUCGAUAUCCCGGUGGACAACCUCUAUGCAGAGCCCGCUGUGUUAAAGUGGAUUAAAGAAAAUAUACCUGAGUGGAAGAACUGUACUAUCGUCUCACCGGAUGCUGGAGGAGCAAAAAGGGUCACUUCCAUAGCAGACAGGUUAAAUGUGGACUUUGCUCUCAUCCAUAAAGAGCGGAAAAAGGCGAACGAGGUUGACCGCAUGGUACUCGUCGGGGAUGUGACGGCUCGAGUUGCCAUCCUCGUAGAUGACAUGGCAGACACCUGUGGGACCAUCUGCCAUGCUGCUGACAAAUUGAUUUCUGCCGGUGCCACAAAAGUGUACGCCAUCCUGACUCACGGCAUCUUCUCCGGGCCUGCGAUUUCUCGCAUCAAUAACGCUUGCUUUGAAGCUGUUGUGGUCACUAAUACAAUACCCCAGGAAGAGAAAAUGAGGCAUUGUCCCAAAAUACAGGUUAUCGACAUCUCCAUGAUCCUUGCAGAGGCCAUCCGGAGAACCCACAAUGGCGAGUCGGUGUCGUACCUAUUUAGCCACGUCCCCUUGUAAUGGUGUCUACUGUCCGACCAAAAAUAAAUGAAGAGGCAUUUCCCCCCCUACCCCUGAAAACGCAACUGUUACGGAAGUUCCCUAUUACAAGGGAUGGCACGAACUAUCAUGUCUGUUACAUGCAUCCUCCUCACUUGUACAUUGUUUCUCACAAGUGGAGCACCACAUAGACAAGGGGUGCCCAAGUCCGGUCCUCGAGAGCCCCUAUCCAGCUUGUUUUCCAUGUAUCCAUCCUUUAACACACCUGAAUCAAAUGGUUAGCUGAUCAGCAAGCUCUGUAGGAGCCUGAUAACAAUCCUGAUUAUUUGAUUCAGGUGUGUUGGAGGAGGGAGACAUGGAAAACAAGCUGGAUAAGCGCUCUCGAGGACCGGACUUGGGCUUCCCUGCUGUAAAUUAUCCGAAUUGAGCUACUGAAAAAUGUUUCCUUUGAUCUUCAAGUUUUUAUAGCUGUAACUAACCGGUAAUUCAUCCUUUUCCCGCCCGUUCUUUUUUGUUGGGAUUUUGUAUCAUAAUUCCAAACUGUACUGUUUACUUACAGUAAGUAGGUACCGUUUAUUCAGGUACAUGUUUUUAAGAAAACCAAAUAGUUUUUCCAAUUUUUAAUCAUUUAUGAAGCACAGACAUGUGCCAAAUGGACAUAAAAUUAGUAGUGACCAAUGUGAGGAGUUCGUCCAAUGUUCCAUUUUGGCCAUUCUAUUUUUUUCAUGAUGAUGGUAUUUAAUUUACUUCAUUGAAUAUGUCACGCCAGUUUUUUCCCCCAAAAACUAUUUUCUACACCCGCUUGUGUCUUUCGCAUUGACAUGUCUUGGUUACUGCAUUGGUUUAUGUCCAUGUUUAGUUACAUUUUAAAUAAAAAAACAAUAUUGAAUAC